AAACAUCAAAAAGACUACACAUGGACAUAUCACCAUUCCCCUCUAUAUAUUGCGAAUGUCCACAGUCCAAUCUCCCUACACCUUCAACCCACACACACUUACACAGUUAAUACAAAAAAUCUACCUCAUCUCAGCUUCCACCGCACACCUCUCUUUCUCCUUCGCAACCACCACCACCUGAAAGGGCUGAUCAAUUUGCAUUUUGGGAAGGCUAAAUGAGACCACCACCCGGGCCACCAGGGCCACCCGGUCCACCCGGUCCACCUGGUCCAUUAUUUCCAGGGGGCUUUCUCGGUGGUUUUGUUAAUGGCUUGUGCUCCACUGUAUCUUCUUGCUUCUACCUCUUGUGCUGUUGCUGCCUACUGCAAGACUGCUUCGGUGGUCCUCCCCAGCCGGCUGGGCCACCUGGGCCUCCUCCCCCACCCCCUUCUGCACCUCCUCCGCUAGCACCUGGGCCUCCUCUUCCGCCUGGUCCGCCUCUGGGACCCUUUUUCGGUCCACCAGACCCACCAGGACCUCCUGGACCACCUGGUUUCCUACCAGGACCUCCUGGCCCACCUGGUUUCCCACCAGGACCUCCUGGCCCACCUGGUGGCCCACCAGGACCUCCUGGCCCACCUGGAGGCCCACCAGGACCUCCUGGCCCACCUGGAUGGUGACAGGGGCCCUCAACUUCUAACCCAUAUUUCACCUUAUUUGCUAGAGAUGUGUGUAUUGAGAGUUGAACCAGUUUUCUUGGGUUUCUCUCUUUCUAUUAAUGUCCUCUAAUUUUAUAUAUCAUUUUAUGAAUCAUGUAAAAGUUUACUGUUUGAAAAAUAUGGAUGAAUUGAGAGCCUAAAAAAUUGGGUUUCAUGGA